AUGCACGUGUUCUCCACCCGCCCAGAGGAUAGUGCUGGUGUGCUGGGUGCUCCCCUCACACUACACUGUGCAGUGUCUGACUCCAGCCGCCAGGGGGCACUGCCUGUUCGAUGGGAAAGGGCCAGCGGAGAGGCAGCAGCAUUGAGUCCUGGUCCUGACAAAGGGAUCCACCAAGUGGCCAAUGGAUCUCUGUUCUUCCUCCAGCUGAGAGAGGGGGACCUGGGGAGAUAUGUCUGUAGUGCAGGCAUUGGAGACAAACACAUCAGGACUGUUGUCCAAGUGAUGGAAGCUGAGCUGGAGGCAGUGUUCUUUAGUCCUCAGUCUCAGACGGUCAGUGAGGGUCAGGCAGUGUUCCUCCAGUGUGUCUCAGGGAACAGCUCACCCCCUGCACACAUCACCUGGCUCAAAGACAACACACUCUUCACCAAAGGCACUCAGAUGCAGGGCCAAUAUGGAGGGGGUAAUCAGAGGAAGACCUCAGGCACUCUGCACCUCUCUAAUGUCUUAAUAGAGGACGAAGGGGAAUACGUCUGUGUCACACACAACGCCUUAGUGAACAGCAGCCUGGAGAGCAAAGCAGCUACACUCACUGUACGAGGGCUGCAGAUCACUCAGGGCCCUGACAACCUCACCAUCGCCAUGCAGACAGAGGUCUCCAUGUGCUGUGCUGCCCAAGGUUUCCCAGCUCCCACAGUGCAAUGGUUCAAAGACAGCCAUCUCCUGGUGAACAGCUCCUGCUUGAGUUUGCAGAACAAGGGACAGCUGCUUGUGUUCAAGAAUGUGUCUGAGGAAGAUGAGGGUUCCUACCACUGUGAGGCCAGGAAUGAGAGGGAGACUGUCAGAUCUCAGCCUGCCUAUCUCCUCCCAGCAGAGAUGGAAUGGAACUUUGUCCUGCAGCCCACUAACCAGACAGUGAGGGUGGGAGACUCUGUUACUCUGGUCUGCAGACCCCCCUACAGCAGGCCUCCAGCCACGGUGUCCUGGUUCAAGAACAACCGCCUCCUCACUCCCAAGACACACUUCACUGUUGGGCCUAAUGGAGACCUCAUCUUCCAAAGUGCCCAUGACACAGACAGGGGAGUGUACUUCUGCAGAGCGUCCAACAUCCACCUGUACAGAUCUGUGACCUCUAGAACAGCCAGACUGACCGUUCUCGCUCCUCCCUCGGUGAGGCUGUGGCCCCCAGUGGUGAUGGUCCCUGUGGGGGCCCAGGUGGUAUUCCACUGCCAGGUUUGGGGACAUCCCCUUCCCUCCAUCGUCUGGUCCAAACAGGGACGCUCUAUGCAGACUGGUGGAAAGAUCUCUGUGGGGGUGAGAAACGCUACCCUCUACAUCCUGUCUGUCAGGAGCUAUGACGAGGGGACUUACACCUGUGCAGCCUCUAACACUGUGGGGCAUGACCGGAGCACAGCUACUUUACGUGUCGCUGUGAGCCCCAUCAUAGUGUCCUUCGUUGGGGCCGUGAGCAGCUCAGAAGGGUCCUCUGUGGUCCUGCCAUGCAGAGCAGUGGGGGACCUCCCCAUCAGGUACACCUGGACCAGAGGACACUCUCAGACCUCUAUCACCCCAACCCUGAAGAGGCAUGUAGAUGAUGAGGGGGCUCUGCAUAUCUCCAGGGUUCAGUUGUCUGAUGCAGGGGACUACCACUGUGCAGCUGAGAACAGAGCAGGACAACAGCAGAGAAGAACCACCCUCACCAUCUCUGCUGAAGAUGACCCGGCUGACAGAGACAAGCAGCAUAGACAGAUUGCGUCUGCAGUUCCAAACACUGAAGCAGAGCAGAGAAUUCCUCUGUCCAGUAACGUCCUGAGUCUAGCUCAGCGUUCUGAGAUGACCCAAUUACAGGCAGGAAGUACAGACAGAAGUUGACAACAGAAACAUAACGCAUGUCUCCGAGUGAGUUCUGCAUCGAAGAAAAGUUCCCAAGUUAUUUGAUUAAACCUGAAGUCCAGCCCUAGUGAUGUCACUGCCUACGUCAUUAUCUUCUACUCCUGAGACCAAAACCAUGCCUACUCAACACUAAACACAAAACCUCUUGUUUAUAUAGCUAUCUAAAAUCUUAGAAGUAAAUGUCCAAGUUGAUUUAUAGUGGAAUGUCUGACUAAUCUCUUAUCUCUUACACUCCCCUGCAGAGUUCUGUCUUCACAGUCACACAUUUCUCAGACAGUUUCUUCAUAAGAGGCAGUGAGCCUAGAAAAGUACUGUGGAAACAACCUCCUAAUGUAUAUAUAUAUUGUUAAUCUGUCACGUUCUGACCUUAGUUCCUUUUUUAUGUCUCUAUUUUAGUUUGGUCAGGGCGUGAGUUGGGGUGGGCAUUCUAUGUUUUUGAUCUGUUUUCUUUUGUAUUUCUGCUUUUGGCCUGGUAUGGUUCCCAAUCAGAGGCAGCUGUCAAUCGUUGUCUCUGAUUGAGAACCAUACUUAGUCAGCCUGUUUUCCCACUAUGAUUUGUGGGUAGUUGUUUUCUGUCUCUGUGUCUGCACCAGACAGAACACUACAAUGAAUACAAUAGUAUUCCUACCAUAGUAUACAGUAUAGUAUUUUUCAUGUGGGCUUUGGUGCAAUUUUCACAAGUAUGUGGUACAUUGUCACAACACUAAGCACAAAAAUCAAAACAGAUCAUCAAAAUGGCUUGUGUGAAUUAUAAGUGAAAUAAUCUGUCUGUAAACAAUUGUUGGAAAAAUGACUUGUGUCAUGCACAAAGUAGAUGUCCUAACCGACUUGCCAAAACUAUAGUUUGUUUACAAGAAAUCUGUGGAGUGAUUGAAAAACUAGUUUUAAUGACUCCAUCCUUAGUGUAUGUAAACUUACGACUAUAUUUAAGCAAUAUAGACAAUAUACCACGGCUAAGAGCUGUUCUUAGGCACGAAGCAACCAGAUUGCCAGGAUACAACCCUUAGCCGUCGUAUAUUGGCCAUAUACCACAAACCCGGAGGUGCCUUAUUGCUAUUAUAAACUGGUUACCAACAAAACAUGUUUUGUUAUACCUGUGGUACAGUAUAUGCCCUAUUGUACCAUUGCUUUCAGACAAUCAGCAUUCAGGGAUUGAACCACCCGGUUUAUAAAAACAAUAUCUUCCCUCAUUAUCUGAAUUUCAUUGAUAUAUUGUAAGAUGAUGAAUCUCAAGCAGAGAGACCAGCGAUACUGUAUAAGUUGAGAAGUCAUGAAGAAAAGGUGGUCUUGUACAAUGUUGCAUGAGGCAUAAAUUGCAUACAGCACUGUAUUAUAUUUUUACAGUGGCCAACUGCUUUACAAUACCCCAUACUGUGUUGGAUCUUGUCUAGCCAUCUUGUCUGAAGACUUUAUUGUGUGUUAUCCUCGAUGAUUUUAUUCAUGUGCAUGUAUUGGCUUUUAAGUUUUAUGUGUGCUUGUUUUUUUUAAAUGGUCAAAUUAAUAAACUAAACUAAACUAAACUGA